AUGUCACAGAUGAAAGCUAAGGGAGAUGAUGUUGAUGGUUUAAAACGGAAUUUAUUAGUUGGGUUUAGGUUUCUAGGAGGUGCCAUACUUGGCAGAUCGGAAACACAAGAGUGUAUCUACUAUAACGCUAAUUGGGAAAAAGAUAAAACAAAUCGCAGUGGCAUUGAGCCUUGUUAUGGUGAUAAAGAUAAAAGACGACACUGUUUUGCUACGUGGAAGAAUAUUUCUGGAUCAAUUGAAAUUGUGAAGCAAGGUUGCUGGCUGGAUGACAUCAAUUGUUAUGACAGGAAUGAUUGCAUAGAGAAGAAAGACAGCCCUGAAGUGUUUUUCUGUUGUUGUGAAGGCAACAUGUGUAACGAACGCUUUUUCUAUUUUCCAGAAAUGGAGGUCACGCAACCAACUUCCAAUCCUGUUACACCUAAGCCACCUCUGUUCAAUACCUUGCUUUAUUCUUUGGUGCCUAUAAUGGGAAUCGCAGUGAUUGUGCUCUUUUCAUUUUGGAUGUACAGACAUCACAAGCUAGCGUAUCCUCCGGUACUCGUUCCAACCCAACACGCCUUUCAUAUAAUGAUUGAGUGCCGCACCGCAUGUGCAGCGGUAAGGGCUCCGCUGGUGUGGCGUUUCCUGGUAACCUCAGUCUCGGGCUGUGGGAGCAGUCCAGCCGGCAGGGACUGCCGCGCCUGCUGUAGUGGCUUUGCCCUGGAAGUAAACGGCACGUCCUGCCCGCCUCUGUCCUGUCUUUGG